AUGCUUUCCAUGCCGUCGCUGGUCACAGUCAACAACAACGUUUCCCUGCUGAGCAUCACCAUCGCUCCAAGCACAUACGUCGCUACCCUCACCUUAACCUUCUUCUUCAUCUACUUCUACCUAGUCCAAAUCUCCUGGAAGCCGACCCUGGUCCCCAACUUUAGCUACUUCAAGCGCACAAGUCGUGCGACUGCGACCAAGACCACCUCCUUACACGAUCGUCACGUCGAGGCCCUCCAGGCCCUCCCGCCACCUCCGACUUAUAAGGCCCUGCCCGCGCCGCCCGCCGUAGCAAGCGGCGCACUCUCCCGACGCACUAUGCCGCCUCCGCCGCACCCGACGACCUUCGAUCCCCUCGAUCACUUAGACGCAUCCUUGGGCGACUUCGAGCCGACGACCCCGCCCCCGAACCGACAGACGAGAACGCCCUUGUUCGGCUACCCGUCGCACCACUCGGGCUUCCGCUCCGAGAUGGACGCGGAGAGCGACCUGGGCCCGGACCCCGAAAACUCAGUCUCCGCAGGUGGCUACAGUCCUCCGGCCUGGCGCCGCCUCGGAAACGGGAGUCGCGACAGCGGCUUCUGGCGCCGGAGUGAGGACAUCCUCGGCGGCUUCCCCCCGAACCGGAGGCUGUUCGGCCAGAGAGAGCUGAGCCCCGAGUUCGACAGCGAGGACGAGGACGAGGAUGUCCUGCGCCGCGCUAUCCGCACGAGGUUGCCGACCGGCAGCAUGAGUCCCGAUAAGGGCCGCUCGCCGAGCCCCGUGCCCAAGAUAGACAACACUACGAUUAAGCUGGACGAGAUCCCCUGGAAGGAGACGAGUCCGUCGGAAGGUACUUUGAAUCAGGAGAAUUAUAUCCGUUUCGCAUUGCGCGCGGAGGUCCAGCAGCGGACCGAGCCAAUUGAGGCCGUCGUCGAGUUCUUCCGCUCAAAAUGGCGCUUCGUCACUCACUCCUGGGCGUCUACUAUUCUAUCUGUUCUCGUCGCCGUACUCGCCAUCAGCGCCACGCGCAACCUCUUCCAGCCAGCGACGCAGCAGCCCGUCCCUGACCUGGUCAAAGUCGCGGGCAUCGCGCGCUCCUUCGAGCCGCUCAUCUACUUCUCCGAGAACGGCGCAUCCCAAGUAGGCGACCUCCAGGCCACGGGCGUGGCCGUCUGGGACCUCGGCGAGAGCGUGCGCUCCAGCAACAUGACCUCGGCGCCCAUCAUCGUCAAGGAGCUCGACGACCUCAGCGACAGCCUCAAGACCCUGGCCAUCGAGCUGACAAAGUUCUUCGCCAACGUCGACGGCGACAUCGACGGCAUCCUCCUCGUCAUGGACUGGGCGCGCAGAGAGCUCUCCCAGGUCCAGCACCUCCCGUCCUCCUCCUUCACCGCCGCCUUUGACAACAUCCACAACAUCCUCUCCCAGACGGGCGUCCUCGAGGACCCCGUCGGCGCCCCGACGAGGCUGGGCUCCCUGUCCACCUACGUCUUCGGCAUGUCCAACCCGCAGCGCACCCGCCUCACCCUCCAGAAGACCUUCAACGAGUUCCUCACCGUCCUCGAGGACGCCAUCAACUCGGAGCUGCAGCACUCCCUCGCCCUCUUCGCCCUCUUCGAGGCCAUCGACCACCAGUUCCUCAACCUCGCCCGCACCGUCGUCCGCGAGGCCUCCGCCCAGGACGACCAGCACGCCGACCUGCUCUCCUCCCUGUGGACGCGCAUCCUAGGCCCCAACUCGGCCGAGGUCGCAAAGUACGAGCGCAACCGCCUCCUGCUGCAGAACGUCCGCGAGAAGACGGUCCGCAACAAGAGCGUCCUCGUCGAGCACAACGGCAAGCUCAUGGCCCUGAAGGCCAACCUCGAGAACCUCCGCCGCAAGCUCGUCAGCCCCCUCGUCCGGUCCGUCAACUCGAGCACACUCACCCUCGAGGACCAGAUCAGGGGCCUCGAGGACGUCGGCGGGUACCUCGAGGGCGUGAGGACGAGGCAGAAGGGGAAGCUCAUGGAGAUGCUGUACGGGAACGUCGGGAGCGGGAGGAGGCUGAUUGACGAGCGGACGUAUGACCGCACGGCGUAG